GUCGACGUGAUCACGUGACGCCAAGCCGGUUCCUUCGUCGUUCCACUGUGAAGGUGACAGCGUACAGCACCACCCUCCAUACUGUAUAUUGCUAAGUUACGUCAGAGACCCGAAAUGUUCAAGAUGUCGACCGUGUCUGCCGCCGCUGUCGAGGCCGCUACCAUCCCCGAGGGCAGCGAGCAGAAGAAGCCGCUCAAGGCGUGCUGUGCUUGUCCUGAAACCAAGAAAGUCAGAGAUGCAUGCAUCAUUGAAAAGGGUGAAGAGAAUUGCACGGAACUCAUCGAAGCCCACAAAGAAUGCAUGAGGCAGCUGGGAUUCAAGAUUUAACGGUUUUAUUAUGAAAGUGUGUGGAUUGUGUGUGCAAAAUGGAUGACGACAACAAUUCAGGAAGUUUUGGAAGGGCAAAACUUCUUGAUAUUUAUUUUUUUAUGUGUGAUGCUCACUGCAGUUAAAACUUUGAAUAAAAGUUCUAUGCAAUCA